ACCCCCCCUCCUCCCCCAACCCCCCCAAGCUUGUGGGACGCGUGAAGGCCCCAGAGGCGAGACUCGGGGCGACCUCGCUAUAGGGGUUGAGGGGGCGGCGGCGGUACAAUUAUUAAGUGUUAUAAACAUUUAUUUUUUAAAAUUCGGUAAACUACAGCGGCGGCGGCGGCAAACACCACUCCUCAAAGCUAACAAGAGCAACGUUCGACAUUUCUUCACCGCUGAGGGCGCCAGCUUGUGGGAGAACCGUGUGGUUGAAGCAGCCUGCCGCGCCACACGAUGCUGGGCGUGAGCGUGAAGCCGGGUCGCCGGUUCACGGUGGGCGAGUGGCACGACAACGGCGAGCGCGUCUCGUCCGGCGCCCAGUCUCGGCGCGACGUUUCCCGCUCCGUCCGUCAGGAGGCUCGGCACCUCCGCGACCAGAGCAACAAUCAGACCAAAUGGGACCAACAUGACAGCAACACGAGGCUGGAGGAGCGCAUGAGCUCGGUGCAGCGCUGGGUGGAGCGGCUGCAGCACACCCUGGAUGACACCGACGCCGAGAUCAAUGCCCUCGCCAAGACCAAGGAUGAUGCGGAGCGAGCACUGCAGGCGAAGGCGGUGCCGCUGCAGGUGGCGACGGAGUGCCUGUUCCUGCGCGACGCGCGUCGCGGCGUCGACCUUGUGCACGACCCCGUGGAGGACGAGCUGCACCGCGAGGUCAAGGCCAUCGAGAGAGCCAAGGAGGCGCUCACGCGAAGCAUCAACAAUGCCUUCCUGCAGCUGUGUCAGCUGCAGGAGGCUCGGCAACAGCUGCAAGGGGAUGUGCGCGACAAGGAAGAGGCUUUGGAGAUCGACAGCACGUGCCGGGCACUGAACAACGCCUCGGCCACCAUUUCCCUCAAACCCAACCCCAUGCGCGUGCCCAAGGGGUCAUCGUCUCCGCGGACGUGGGACGAGUUCAGCCGUAGGAAUGUGGAGCGCGCCAUGGCGGAGAUGCGUGCCUCGUCUGCGCUGCGUGAGGCCAUCACCGCGACAAUCGCCCAGACGACAAAUGAGCUGGAGGCGCAGAAGAACAGCACGGACUUUGCGUUCCGCAAGCGCUCACACGAACUAGACAAGGUCAAGGCUGAGCUGGAGUGGCAGAAGAAGAACAACAAGCAGGAGAUUUCGGUGCUGGAGGGCGACAUCGCACACUUGGAAGCAGAUGUUCGUGCUAAGAUGUUGCCACUGAAGGUGGCACACACGCGCCUGGAGACGCGCACUUACCGCUCUGGGGUUGAAUUAUGCCGUGAUGAGCCUCAGUAUGGCAUCACCACUGAAGUUCAUCAAAUUGAAGCCACCAUCGCCACUUUGAAGAAGAAGUUGUCUGAUUCCUACAACGCGCUCACGGGCCUGCGCUGCAGCCUGGAGCGCGUGGAGAGGGACCUCGCCAGCAAGGCGUUGGCGCUGGGGCUCGAGCGCCGCUGUGUGGAUGUGCGCCGCAAACUGACCGUGUCGGCGGAACGAGCGCAGCCGCUCGGUGACUCCUUCACCCGCGCCAUCGCCAACGGCCGCAUCCCUGCAACACUCGUGUCCCCGCGUGGCAUCGCCGAGAAGCAGCUGGAGCUGGUGUAAUUAUUUAUUAGGUGGCGGUGGCGGCGGCGGUGGUGGUGGUGGUGGUGGUGACGGUGGUGUUGGGGUGGGUGUUAGUGGCAGCAGCGGUUGUGGUGGUGGUGGUGGUGAUGAUGAUGGAGGUGGUGGUAGUGGUGGAGGCACUGCUGAUGGUGUUGGCAGCAGCAGUGGUGGAGGUGAGAGCGGUGGUGGUGUUGGUGGUAGCAGUUUAGCAUCCUACCUGCUGUACUUCCGAUUAGCACGGUUGGCUACGUUGCCAAUGCCUCAUUUACAUCAGGCUAUAUAUAUUCACUUGAUGUUCAAUGUUUUUGAGAAGAAUGUCAGUCUCCAUCAGCAGCAAUGUAAAGACGAUGUGUUUCAGCUGUUUUGGCAAGAUGUAAAUCCUGCUGGUGAUCUCUACCUGAUCCAUCAACCCCGUUUUCAGGUCACUGACAGUCGGGCAUAAUCACCACAACACGGUCAGGUGCUGAGAUGUUUCUCUUAAACUUCUCGACUGAAGUAGAUGUAUUGAUCAUAGGUAAAUGUUUUCAGUUUGAAAAUGUUAGAUUCUUGCUGUGUAUGCACUGCGAUGUCGCAUUUUGUGCACUUUUGUCGUGUACAACUUGAAUUGCACCUUCACUUUGCUUUAUUGAUUGAUGUCCUUAAUCAGAUGUGUGUGUUCAGGUCCCUUAUUUCUUUUUCAGAGACCAGAGAAAGCACAGUUGUGCAGUGAGAUAUUAAUAUCACAGAAACAAAUGUAUUUUGGCUAUUUCCAGGAUAAGUUAAUGGCCUUUUACUAAAUUGACAAUUUAAAUUAUUACUCAAUGAUCUGCCUCUUUAAUGCAAGCAUGUGUUGUUGUCAUGUUUAAGCCAUUAUGGUUACAAUAAAGGAACCAAAAUACACUUGAUUCACAAAUCUGACAAAGAUCUGAUGAAAUUUUAAUUUUGUCUUCAAAAGAUUAUGUAUUUGAAUUAUACAUUCAAAUUGUUGAACAAUGUAACCCUCAAUAUAGAUUAAAAUAUAGGUACAGUGCAUGCAUGAAGAGUUGAACUUGUGUGAGUUUUAACUUCCAGCUUGACUUUUUAUUUGUUUGAGAUCUCACAGAAUACAUAUAAGAAAAUAA